AUGUCACAGCUAACGGAUUAUCUGUGGGUGAUGGAUGACGAGAGACUGAUAACAAACCUGCAAUUCAAUCAGUGCCUUCUGAUCGUAUCGCAGAUGGAGAGGCAGAGACAGCGCAGCUUGAGAGAUGAGGGCAGGAAGGUGCCAGCGGAUGCCAGGUGCCACGUAGCAAAGCCCCUCACAGCAAAGCCCGACAUAGCAAAGCCCCUCACAGCAAAGCCCGACAUAGCAAAGCCCCCCAUAGCAAAGCCCGACAUAGCAAAGCCCCAUGUAGCAAAGCCCGACAUAGCAAAGCCCCUCAUAGCAAAGCCCCACAUAGCAAAGCCCCUCGUAGCAAAGCCCCUCAUAGCAAAGCCCCUCAUAGCAAAGCCCCACAUAGCAAAGCCCCUCGUAGCAAAGCCCCUCGUAGCAAAGCCUGACAUAGCAAAGCCCCUCAUAGCAAAGCCCCUCGUACCAAAGCCUGACAUAGCAAAGCCCGACAUAGCAAAGCCCCUCAUAGCAAAGCCCCACAUAGCAAAGCCCCUCAUAGCAAAGCCCCACGUAGCAAAGCCCCACAUAGCAAAGCCCCAUGUAGCAAAGCCCCUCGUAGCAAAGCCCCUCGUAGCAAAGCCCCCCAUAGCAAAGCCCCUCGUACCAAAGCCCGACAUAGCAAAGCCCGACAUAGCAAAGCCCCUCAUAGCAAAGCCCCACAUAGCAAAGCCCCUCAUAGCAAAGCCCCUCGUAGCAAAGCCCCUCGUAGCAAAGCCCCUCGUAGCAAAGCCCCCCGUAGCAAAGCCCCAUGUAGCAAAGCCCCCCAUAGCGAACGCCCCCAUGCUCUCCCUGGGCGCUGCAGUCCCUGCUCCCCACCCAAGGCAGAGCUGA